UGAAAAUGAAAUGAAACAAGGUUUAUCAUCUCUUGAUGAAGAUACCAGAGAAGUGGGUAAAACUCCAUUGCUGUCUCUUACUUCUUGCAGGAAAAAAUGAGCGUCUGAACAUAAACCCAAACCGGGAAACAAGCGCUGUUUAGCUUUCAGGGGCACAAAAGAACUCUUUUCUUCAAAAUUUGAUAAUUUUCCAUUGGAAAUGCUGGCCUUCGCAGUCUCAGCACCCUUCAGUUUCAAGCUUCCUCGUGUCUUUCAACUCAGCCCCCAUAACACCACAAUACCCGAAAGAAGAAGACCAACUGUGUUUUCUUACAAAACCCAUCAACAUAUUCUUCUUCCUCAUCAUUACAAACUCAAACCCCGAUUACUUUCUGACCGUUCUGUCUUGACAAGGCUAAGUAAUGAUGGUAGUGGUGCGAUUGAUGCCACACCACCAUGGUCUUCACCCCCCGAUGUUGAAGAGAGUUCUCCAGGUAUUGGUGAUGGUUACGUUUCCUUAUUUGUUCGGAUGCUUGGGCUGGACAAUGAUCCCCUUGACAGAGAACAGGCAAUUGUGGCUUUAUGGAAAUACUCACUUGGAGGAAAGAAGUAUGUUGAUACCAUAAUGCAAUUUCCUGGCUGCAUAAAUCUCACCGUAAACCUACUUCGAUCAGAGUCAAGUUCAACAUGCGAAGCAGCUGCUGGUCUUCUACGGUCAAUAUCUAUGGUUAACAUAUACAAAGAUUUGGUAGCCGAAAGUGGAGCAAUUCAAGAGUUCGCUGGCUUGCUUAAUCAACAUUCUUUGACUCCUGAGGUGAAGGAGCAAAGUAUAUGUACUUUGUGGAACUUGUCAUCAGAUGAGAAGCUUAGAGUGAAAAUUGCGAACACUGACAUUCUACCGAUACUUAUUAAAUGUCUGGAUGAUGAGGAUAUAAAGGUGAAGGAAGCUGCGGGAGGGGUUUUAGCAAAUUUUGCAUUGAGCCAGGCUAAUCACAAUAUUUUGGUUGAAGCAGGUGUUAUACCAAAAUUGGCAAAGUUCUUAAAGCCUGAUGGUGAAGGAUCUAAAACAAUUAGAAAGGAGGCAAGAAAUGUGUUGUUGGAACUAUCCAAGGAUGAAUAUUUUAGAAUUCUUAUCAUAGAGGAAGGUCUGGUUCCUGUCCCUAUAAUUGGUGCUGCUGCUUAUAAGUCCUUCAAACCCGGAUUGCAUUCUUGGCCUAGUUUACCGGAUGGUACAGAAAUUGAACGGACUUCUAAUACUCCCUCGAGGUUUGGUGCCUCUGAAUUACUCCUUGGAUUAAAUGUUGAUGAGAAGAAUGUAGACAUUGAUGAAGCCAAGAUGAAUGCAAUAGUUGGAAGGACACAGCAACAAUUUCUUGCUCGUAUUGGGGCCAUUGAUAUAGAAGAUGUAAAAAAAGUUCCUAAGCUGUCAAGUGGUCAGCCACUUACAAUUUUGCCAUGGAUGGAUGGCGUGGCUCGUCUGGUUUUAAUUCUUGAACUUGAAAAUGAGUCAGCCAUAUUAAGAGCUGUAGAAUCAAUUGCAGAUGCAUCUAUUAAUGAACAAAUGCGGAUGGCAUUCAAAGAAGCUGGAGCAAUUAAGCAUUUAAUUCGGCUGUUAGGCACUGAUGAUUAUGCUGUCAAAUUGGCUGUAACUCAUGCUUUGGAGAAAUUGUCUGUCAGCAAUGUCAUUUGCCAGGUUAUUGAAGCUGAAGGAGUUAUAGAUCCUUUGAUUGAUAUUCUGAAGCACCCAGAGAUCUCUGAAAAAUUGAUGGAAAAGACCUUGGAUAUACUUGCUCGGAUCUUAGACCCUAGUACAGAAAUGAAGUCAAAGUUUUAUGAUGGACCAGUAAAUGGAUCGAAAAAGAGAUUGGAUGCAGCAAGAACAUCUGAUGUUUCCAUGGGGAUAGAUGUAUCAAAAACAAAUACUAGGAAAUCUUUGCUCGAGUCUGCAGUCAUUUCUCGCCUUGUUGAGAUUUUAAAGACUUCAUCCCCAAAUUUACAGAGAAAAGCUUCGUCCAUCCUUGAGUUUAUAAUAAUUAUUGACCCAAGCAUGGACACUGUCACUUCAGUGGAUAUUGCAUCUGGUUUGGAUGCUGUUUUCCAGCAAAAAGUUCUGAAAGACAUGGAACCCGUUCUAGAGGAUGAGAAUCCAGAAGAAUAUAUACUUGAAAUAGAAGAAGCUGGACUUGCAAUCUCUGCAGCUUCCCGUUUGCUUACAAAACUGCUUGAUUCUGAGCAGUUCUACCACAAGAUAGAUUCCACUCAUUUCUCUACUUUGCUGCGUAACAUCCUCAAGUCUAGUAUUCCCCUGCAGAACAAAGAUUGGAUCGCUGCGUGCUUAGUUAAACUUGGCUCUCUUUCUGGUUCGAAACUAACUUUGGAGGACCCAAUCAACAUGGAGGUAACUCUCUACGAGACAAUACCAAGACUUUUGGAGCAAAUAAAAACAUCUUUCUCUCUGGAUGCAAAGGAAGCUGCUGUUGUAGAACUAAACAGAAUAAUUUCCGAAGGGGUGGUUGAUGCAACUCGAGCGGUUGCUUCCGAGGGAGGAAUAUUUCCUUUGGUGAAACUUAUCGAAGAAGGCAGUGAGAGAGCUGUUGAAGCUAGCUUGUCAAUACUAUAUAAUCUGAGCAUGGACAGUGAGAAUCAUUUGGCAAUUGUAGCCGCAGGUGCUGUGCCAGUACUGAAGAGGAUUGUUCUGGCGCAGAGACCACAUUGGACACUAGCUCUUCAUUUGCUUAGGACUUUACCUACGUGAUGAAAAACCAGCACAAAUGCUUAAUGGUUUUUCUGAGAAAAUGUAAAAAUUUAGGUUUUUGUCUUCUAUAUGUCAUAGAAAACCCAUGAUUUUUGAUACAUUGAAGAGGUGAGCAUGAUAUCAUUGUAAAAAUGUUUUACCUCGUGGUAAUAAGAUCAGUGAAAUUCUACUCAA